UCUGGAAAAUCAAGGCAAAUAGUAGUAGUCCUACAUGGGACUGUGGAGGGAUGCUAGUAAGUUUCUCAAAAGGAAAGAAAGUGAUGCAGGAGAAUCAGGUAGAGCCCUGGAGGAACUAAGAGGUUCUCUGUACAAUGAUCUACUUACGUCUUCAGAAACCGCCAAGCGGCAACAGCAGCGGUUCUGUGGCCCUGCCGUGGCCAUGUCUUUCAAUUUCAUGGUCGCCGUUGGGAUUAUACUCACCAACAAACUGGUGAUGGGGAAAGUGGGAUUUAAUUACCCAAUAUUCCUAACAUUAAUCCACUACACAGUAGCAUGGAUUAUGAUGGCCUUGUUCAAGGCAUUAUCUUGGCUUCCAGCCUCACCGCCUUCUAAAUCAACACCUUUUUCUUCUCUGUUUUCUCUGGGAAUUGUCAUGGCUCUUUCCAAUGGCCUUGCCAACACUAGCCUCCAGCAUAACAGUGUUGGAUUUUAUCAGAUGGCUAAGAUUGCUGUAACUCCAACAAUUGUUCUCAUAGAAUUCGUCUUUUUCCGGAAGACCAUAUCUUACAACAAGGUCAUGGCUUUGGGUAUAGUUUCAGUAGGUGUAGCUGUUGCAACAGUGACAGAUCUCGAGUUCAAUGUAUUUGGUGCUUGUGUUGCGGUUGCUUGGAUACUUCCUAGUGCAGUGAACAAGAUACUGUGGUCUAAUCUACAACAGCAGAGCAAUUGGACUGCUCUAGCAUUGAUGUGGAAGACAACUCCUGUCACAAUAUUCUUCUUAGUAGCUUUGAUGCCGUGGCUUGAUCCUCCUGGAGUUCUGUCCUUCAAUUGGAAUGUCAGUAACUCAUCAGCAGUUGUGUUGUCUGCUGUUCUUGGCUUUCUGCUACAAUGGUCUGGAGCUUUAGCACUCGGGGCAACAUCAGCAACAUCUCAUGUAGUUUUGGGACAAUUCAAGACCUGUGUCAUCCUGCUAGGAGGCUAUCUAUUGUUCAAUUCAGAUCCAGGACCUACGAGUCUUUGUGGAGCAGUGGCAGCGUUGGGUGGCAUGUCAGUUUAUACAUCACUUAGCCUUAAUGAAUCCGUUGAAAGUGUUGUGAAGCAGUUUCCGAGCUUGAAUCAACUUGCAAAACAUAAAUCAGACAUUGAAGAAGAUGAGGAGAAAGCAAGUGUGAUAAGCGUCUCAAGUACCGAGUGAUUAAGUAGUAGUGAAAGGCUGAUAGUUUACAAAGAAAGUAAUGUAGGGGGGAGUGUACUGUCGUCGAAGGUGCAAAGGAAGAGAAAGUAAGAGAGUGGCUUAUUUUAGCUUUGAUAAUGCAUGUUGUACAGGACAAAUGAAUAUAGGAUUAUUAUGAGUUCAAACAACAGUCAGCUUUUCCGUUUCUACUGAUUAGGCUCGAAGGAGAUUUACAUGCUUUUAAGCUGAAUGUAUGUCAUUAGUAACUCCAUCUUUGUAUUCCUAGGCCAUAUUGUUCAGUAGCACUUGCUGAUUUGUGCCUCUCUCCACUACUUCUACACCACUUUCAGUCACAUGCCAGCAUUUUCUCUGGCAUGGGUCACUUCGUAAUUGCGGCACUAUGUAUUGUUUUGCAAAUCAGAGUUGUAGAAGUUUUUGUUUUGUUUUGGUCAGUUGGUGACUUGAAGUUAAAUACUCAUAUUUAUCCAAGAUUUUUAGUUCA